CGACGAUGAUAUUCACCUCCGCGAGGCUUAAGCCCUAAAAAUCCCCAACUUACUCUUUUCUCCACUCUCUGAGCCUUCUUCGUUCUUUGUAUGUCGCGUUGAUUCUCACACUUCUCUCGAGCAACGAGCUUUCGCGUGAGAGUAAUGACGAAGGUCUAUGGAACCGGAACGUACGACUUCAAGCGCCACAGAGUGGCUGAGUAUCCACUGGAGUUACCUAACCAUCCCGCUGAGAAGCCACUAGAGGCAAAGCCUGGAUCUAAUUUGCCGAGCUCCAUCACUUUAUCUGAGAUUCAGCAAGAUAGGUUGACGAAGAUUGCUGUGGAGAGCUGGAUUAAGACUGGCGGCAAGCUGCCUGAGAAACCGUUCGAUCCGGAGGUUGUGAAGGAGAUUUAUGCGACGGAGCUUAAGGUAAUUAGUGGUCGUAAACCUGUUCCACUUCAGCGAGUUAUGAUUCUGGAAGUGAGUCAGUACUUGGAGAACUAUCUAUGGCCUAAUUUUGAUCCCGAGACGGCUACGUUUGAGCAUGUUAUGUCUAUGAUUCUUAUGAUUAACGAGAAGUUCCGGGAGAAUGUAGCAGCUUGGAUUUGCUUUCAUGAUCGAGACGAUCUGUUUAAGAAGUUUCUUCAGAAGGUUCUUCGUCUUAAAGAGGGAAGAGAUUUGACUAUUGCUGAGAAGACAAAUUAUUUGGUCUUCAUGAUUAAUGCUUUCCAGAGUUUGGAAGACGCGGUGGUUAAUGAGAUUGUUCUAAGUGUAGCAGGAUUACAAUCUUGGCACAGUUUGUCUUAUGGACGUUUCCAGAUGGAGCUCUGCCUUCAGCCUGAUUUAAUAAAAAAGUGGAAGAGAUCAUCAAAGAAAUGGGCAGCUGAAGCAAAGUCAAAGGGAGAGAAAUUUGAUCUAUCCUCAUCACCUGAAGCAAAUUUUGUUCGAGGCCUAAUAGAAGAAUUCGUUGAGGUGCUUGAUCACGGGGUUUUUGCGGAUGAAGUUGAUGAUACCGCUGGAUCUCAAUUGGUAGAUGAUUCUUCUGUCUUGUAUUGUGAGAGAUUCAUGGAAUUUCUCAUUGACAUGCUGAACCAACUACCAACAAGAAGAUACCUAAGACCUCUUGUGGCAGAUAUAGCUGUUGUUGCAAAAUGCCGACUGAGUGCACUAUACAAACAUGAGAAGGGGAAGCUUUUCGCCCAAUUAGUUGACUUGCUACAAUUCUAUGAAAAGUUUGAGAUAAAGGACCAUGAUGGGACACAAUUAACUGAUGAUGAAGCACUUCAAUUUCAUUACGAUCGUUUUAUGGCAUUUCAGCUACUUGCCUUCAAGAAAAUACCUAAGUUGCGGGAUCUGUCUUUGGCUAACAUUGGUUCUGUUCACAAGAGUUCUGAUCUUCGGAGGAGAUUGUCAGUGCUUUCUCUUGAAGAUUUAAGGGAUGUUGUCUGCUCAAAGGUAUAUAUCUGGAAAACUUAUUCUUGGAGGUUCACAAGUGAAUCUUUUUUAUCUUAGCGCCUCCGUGGGGAU